AUGCGUAGCGAAGAGCCUAGCGCAUCGUCUUCUGUUGUGCGUGGCCUGAACUCGUCCAGGUCGACGGAGCGCAUCAACCAGAUCGAUCAAGUACGAGCCUAUGGGAUUGGAGAUGUUGUUUCUCUACCCCAGCUGGUGGUCUGUGGCGACCAGUCGGCCGGCAAGAGCUCGGUCUUGGAGAGCGUCACUAACAUCCCGUUCCCAAGGAAGAGUGGACUUUGUACGAGGUUCCCUACUGAAAUCAUCCUUCGACACAACUCCACGGCUACGCGUAUUAUGGCCACUAUUCACCCACACGCCUCCAGACCAGAGGAAAAGAGAGAUGCCCUUCUACAAUACCGCCGCGUGCUAGCAGACAUAUCGGAACUCCCUGAUGUUAUUGAGCAGGUGUCCGCAUUGAUGGAGAUCCGUGGGUAUGCGGACCAUAGUCUCGGGAACGCGUUUGCGUCUGAUGUCUUGCGGAUUGAAUUUGUGGGCCAGACAAACCUCAAUCUGACCAUCGUCGAUCUACCUGGACUCAUCUCUGUGGCCAAUGAAGAGCAAACAGAAGAAGACAUCCAGCUGGUCAAAGACAUGGUCAAAGGCUAUGUUCAAAGUUCUCGCACGAUUGUGCUAGCAGUUGUGCAAGCCACCAACGACAUCGCCAACCAAGUCAUCAUCCAGCUUGCGCGACAGUAUGACCCGGAAGGUCAGAGGACGGUGGGGAUUAUCACCAAGGCGGACCUCAUUAACGAGGGCAGCGAGGCCAGCUUGGCGCAGCUUGCGAACAACCAGGCCAACAUCAAGCUCAACCUUGGCUUUUUCCUCUUAAAAAACCCGAAGCCGUCCGAGAUUGAAGAGGGUAUCAAACCUGAGCAGCGGUCACAGAGGGAGCUGAGAUUUUUCUCGGAGCCCGUUUGGAAGCAGCAUCUCGAUAUGAGUCGUGUAGGGGCCGAGAAUCUGAAGCUGUUUCUGCAGGACCUCCUGGACGCCCACAUCGAGAAGGAAAUGCCCCAGGUGGUUGAAGAUAUUCGGAAGGUCCUGCGCACCACAGAGGAGAGCUUGACGCGACUUGGCCAAGCCCGUCCCACUGUCGGGCACAUCCGCAUUUUUCUAACGCAAGUUAGCACCAGCUUUGCCCAGCUGGUCCAAGCUGCCUUGGAUGGCAACUAUCAUGGGCCAUACUACGAGUUUUUCGAUCACGUUGAAGAUUCGCGGUUGCGCGCCGUGGUCCACAAGAUCAAUGGCAAAUUCGCUACCGACAUCCGUACCCAUGGCAAACAAAGGGUUUUGAGGCCGGCAGAGUCAGAGAUCGACUGGACUCCGGAUGAAAAUUCAAUUAAGGAAAACAACGAGAAGGAGCUUUUCGUAACCCAAGAGGAAAUGAAAAACUGGGUCAAAAAGGUGUAUUUGCGCACACGGGGUCGUGAGCUUCCAGGGAACUACAAUCACGUCCUGCUGGCCGAGCUGUUCUUGGAACAAUCCUCUCGUUGGCUCCCCAUUGCCACAGCCCACGUGGAAAGCAUCAUCGCGAUCGUCACCGGGUGGCUGCAGCACGCCACUCGAGUGGUUCUACCCGAGGACAAGCUUCGUGGUGAUGUGCUUGCCAUUUGCUCUCAGUGGAUGGAGGACGCCGGCAAUGACGCUUUGAUGGAGCUUGAUAAACUGAAAAAAGACGAGCAGCGCCAGCCGAUUACGUACAACCAUUACUACAUUGACAACAUUCAAAAGUCCCGUCAUGGCUUUCUGCGUGAGGCCGUGGAAGGUGCUAUCAGAGAGACAGCAAGCUCGGAUUAUCAUGGCAAACUCCAUGUUAGCAACAUCCCCAUGGAUAUUGAAAAGUUCCUUGAGGCAAUGAAGCGCAAAGUCAACGUCGACAUUGACGACCAGGCAUGUGCUGAGGCCAUGGCAGGGUUGGAAGCUUACUACAAGGUCGCCAUGAAGACUUUCGUGGACAAUGUCUGUCGGCAGGUCGUCGAGCGUCACAUUAUUGCGCCCCUCCCCGAGAUUUUCAGUCCAGUGACUGUUUCCCGAUUCACGGACGACGAGCUUCUUCAAAUCGGAUCCGAGUCGGAAAAACAAAACCGCAAGCGGGAAGAGCUUAGGGCCAGGGCAAAGAAACUGAGGAGCAGCCUUGAAAAUCUCCAGCGACGCUGA